GCGCAAAUGUAUCAGAAGACUCUUGCAUAGCUAAUCAGUCGUUGCCGAUUCACCGGUAGUCACCGAAUCAACACGAAAGUGAUCGUACGUUUUGCUAAUUACGUUCAAGAUUGUGAACAGUUUUCAUCGCUCGACAUUUGUUUGUUGCAGAUCACUAAAGCAAUGACAGCGCUUACAUUAGCAAUGAACGAGGUGCAUGACAUAAACUCGGAGGAGUUUAUGGGCGUUCGAGCGUAUCACACGUUCGGUCCAAACUUUCAGCAUGUUAUAUUACUUAACCAGUGGCAUUUUAUGUCACCUGCGAGCAGCAUGUCCAGUGGAAUUGAAAGCUUCAUCAUAGCCGAGUCCGAACGGCCGCUCAAGGACACUGGCAGCGACAGCAGUAGCACGUCAAAUUCAAAAGACCAAGACCAAUCUGAGGAAUCUCUCUUAACAAUUAUUCACAACGGACGAAAUAUUCUGGAUCUUAAGAACAAUAUCAAACCCUUCACUUGGCAACUCAGCUCGUCUACUGAACGGAGUGUGCCUGCCCAUUACCUUUGCGCAGCUCCAUCAGAAGUAUUGAACUUAUGUGAUCCAAUCUAUUCAACUACACCGAACACUUGUUCUAACUGCGGUUUUAGCGAGCUUAAUGACUGCUUGAUUCCCAAAUUCGAAAGUUAAUAUUCCGUAAAAGAGACGUUGACUCGUGUAGCGGAUGUAAAAGUUAUGAUUUUCUUCAUACAAAUGAUAAUGAAAUUUAGUUCAUAUGGCUCUUGAUACGAGUACUCGAGUUUCUAUUAAAUAUUUAGAGAAUUUUUAUCGUUUUUAUUGACGAUUCUAAGCUAUUUCAUUGACCACUGUCGCUAAAUGUUUUUUUUUAACAUAAAAUCCUGUUUAUAGGAUUUAGAUUGAGUUUUAUAAUGUAAGUUUAUUUUAUUGACGAUGUAUCGUUGAAUAUAUUCAGUUUUGCAGAUGAAAUCCUCACGGAAGGAUUACGAUUGUGGUAUAAGAUAAUUAUUCAUCGUUUUUUAGAUGAAGAAAGACUCAACUUGCGAACGCUAAAAUAUAUCGAUAUUUUGAAGAAUACAAUAAGAAAAAAUAUUCGAGAAAUAUUCUCGAAAAGAAUGAACCUUUUGUAGAUUACGUUCGAAUCAUGUGAAAAAUACUUUCAGUGUGAAAAAUGUGUAUAUAUGUUAAUUUAAGGAACGUAAAACUUUUUAUGAAUGAGCGAGUGUAUAGUGAAUACAAUAACAUUAAAUUGGCUUACACAAAUCUCGUAACUUUGGUUUCGACAACUGUGUUUAUAGUGAUACAUCAUUAGAAUGAACUAGGACUUUUUCAUGAAUUUAAUUUUCAACGAUAAAUUUUGAGUACUAACUGCCUUCUAAUUACUGUAUUUUUUAUUAAAACACAAUUAUAAUAGUAAUCACCAAAACAACCAAUGCGAUAUUGUAGCAAUACAAAUGUAUUCUUGCUACUUUUUGUGCACACCAUAGACUUUACAUUAACAAUUAAUACAUCAACUUCGUAUAUUUACUUUACAUUAUGAUUUCUUAAGCGGAUGUGGAAGUUUUAAUAAUUAUCGAUAAAUUCCUGAUUUACGCUUUCAAAAUCGUACAUAUUUUAUAAAACUAGUCAAUUCGUCGGAAUAGAAAUUAUAUACAUCAUGAGCGAACUUUGGAUAGUUUUUUGCGACAAAUUGGUUUUUUAGUUUCAUCAUACAAAAGAAUCAUCGAGAAGCGUCGAAUAUAGCAUAAACUUGUACGUCACAGCAUUUUAUUUGUAAUAUAUAUUAUUUUCAUGAACUACGUAAUAAUAAAGUACCAUGUAAUUAAUUAUUAACAUAAAUAAAGGUCCUCAAAAUAAAUCAAAAUUUAUUUUGAGUACCUUCAUUAAUCUGAUCCCGCAUAAUUAGAAUUACUUUUAAUUUUGUUACUUCAUGUUCAGGAAAAAAUAUGUAUGAAAUAAAUAAAAUGUUAUGAAUUUUCAUGCUAAAUAUAAUGCUGAUUGUUGAAUAAGAGAUUGGAUGAAAAGAGAAUUUAUCGAUGAAAGAUUAAAACAAUAAAA